UUUCACUUAACACCACUGAAGGCGUCUAAGGACCAAAAAUGAAGGCCUUCGUCGUAUUCUUAGUGAGUGUCGCGGUUGUGAGCUGCAAGCCAGCUGGUGGUGACGAUGAUGUCAUCGGCUCCGUCAUCGGAGUCGUCAAGGGGUGUGCCGAGGAAGACGUUUCGUUGUGCUUAAAGGAAAGAGCUCUUAAAUACGUCGAAAACCUUAACACGGCCAGAGAAGUGAGCAUUACAGACGGAAUCAGCCUUAUUGGCACCGGCUCUCCUCGCUCUGCCCGUUCCUUCGAGCCCUUGGCCGUCGAACCGAAGGCAAGGGAAAAUCAAGUUGAAGGCCGUCUUCUAGACGCUGCUGCCGAUUUCCUUGAGAACCACGUCAUUCAACUGCGAGUACCUAAGUCCACAGUAGAGGAUGUCAAACGCUCUCUUGAGGAAGGUCGUGGCAAGAAGAAGAAACUGGCGCAAUUGAUACCUAUCUACGCUCUCCUCCAACUGAAGAUCCAGUCUUUGAUCCCUCUCUUCUUGGGUAUUAUUGCCUUCGCCGCCAUCAAAGGUUUGAUGAUCGCCAAGGCCGCUCUCUUUGCCUCAGCACUGGUUCUCCUGAAGAAGCUCCUUUCCAAACAUGACCACCAUGAGAGUUAUGAAGUAGUAGCUCACCCUCACCAUGAGGAACACUACAGCCACGGAGGUGGCCACGGUGGAUGGGGCAGAUCCACACAGGACGACGCUCAGAACCUCGCAUACAGCGCCUAUUCGAACUAAAAAAACCUAAGAGUUUUAAAAGACUGCUACAUCCUUAUAGAGGAUUAGUCUAUGUAUCUUCGGUUAGUCUAGUACGGACCUCAGAAAGAGAUUAAUUUAUUUAAUUUAAUAACUUAUUUAAUUUAUGUAAGCGCAUGUUAUAAAACG